CUGAAAUGUCUGACACUUCUAAACGUCAGCAUAAGUGCAAGUAGAACGACGAAAUCAUCUACGCAGCAUUUCUGCAGCUGGCGUUCCCAUUACAAUAACAGAGAGGGACAUCACCGGUGCUUAUCUUUCUUCAUGCUUCAUACAAAAUUGCCAGUCAUGCUUUCAAAAACAUCGUCUCACGCCUGUCAUUUUGUACUUGACCCCAACACUCAAGUCCUUAUAGCGCGAGUAUGGGUAUAGUAAUACGAACUUUAAGCCUGAUUCAUCUGGCGGGAGGCAUACCCAACAGGUCUUUCCUCUCCGUUAUAUUCUUGGCUAAGGAUUGCAUUAAGAGCAAAAUCUGAGGCAUCGGUUGCAAGAAUAAAAGGUUUUUAAAAAUCUGGACAGACUAACAGAGGUCAAUUGCAAAAAGUCUAGGGAUGUUAAAAAAGCAAAAUAAAGGCCCUGAUACAAGAUACAUUAAUUAUUAUACAGGGCCAGAAGAGGACAUGACGACAAUAGUUUUGAGUUUAUCAGAGUAUGGAGGUGGAAAUAUAACAAUGGAAAAAGAUGAAGCAACAGGAUUAGUGAUGAUAUGUAUAAAUAAUCCUCAGAAAAGAAAUGCUUUUAGUGGCAAAAUGAUGGUUGAGCUCCAUAAUGCAGUUACUGAAAUUGAGAAAUGGAAAACUGGAAAAGGGCUCAUCCUGUAUGGUGCAGAAGGGCAUUUUUGUUCUGGCGGAGACCUCAGCUUUGCUCGAGAAAAUUGUAAUUCUCAUGCAGGAUUUCAGAUGGCAACAAUUAUGACAAAUACUCUCCACAGGCUACACAACCUGCCAAUCAUAACAGUUGCAGUAAUAGAAGGAGCAGGUGCCUUGGGUGGAGGUGCAGAACUAGCAGCAGCCUGUGACUUUCGUCUUGCAAGUAAAGGUGCAGCUGGAAUAGGAUUUGUUCAUGGCCGCAUGGGAAUUAUUCCAGCCUGGGGUGGAGUUACAUGGCUUGCAGAUGUUGUAGGGUGUCACAAGGCCCUUGACUUAAUCUCGUCUUCACAAAUAGUGACUCCAUCUAAAGGCAUACAGAUUGGAAUAAUAGAUGCCAUUAUCAGUGAUGAUAAUCCACUAGAUGAUGCAAGAGAAUGGUUAAAGGCACGAACACGAAGUGAUCCUGAAGUUAUUCAUGCAAUGAAGGCAGCAAUCAGAAAUGCUAGAGAGUUGGCAUACAAAACUUCACUUCCAGUUGAAAGAAGAAUUUUUGCUCCAUUGUGGGGAGGACCAGCAAAUAAGCUUGCUCUCCAAAGAAAUGUGAAACACAAACUGUAAGAUUAAGAACUGCUUCACAGUAUUACACUUCGCUACGAAACUAUGCAACAGUUUUGAUGCUUGUUUUGUUUUUGUGACACCCAUGUGUGUAUUGUUACCAGAUAAAUUAAGUUUAAGUAUACGAAGGCUUAAUGAUAGUACCAUUAGAAAAGAUAACCUAACUAAAAAGUUAUUAAGCUUACACUUUUUCUCUCUGUUUUGGUGCCAAAAACUUUCGUACUGUUCUUUGCACAUACUAUUUUACACUGUAUGAAAAUAAUAUUCUUUAAUCUGUUAUUUAGUACACUCCCACAAUUCAUUUUGAAGAUAUAUUACAUAAAUGUAAAAGGAUAUUUAUCUCAUUCUUUAUCAUUUCACUUUGUUUUCCUCUUUGUUAGAAUGGAUUGUUAUACAACUACAUCAUUAAUAUAUCCUAAACAUACUUGUAAUUAAUACAGGUCACAUAACAGAUAACAGUUUUUAUUUAUUUAGUUUCACAAUGGCACUGGCACUUUUUGUUUUGCCUUUUUUUCUUUUUUAAAAAAGGAGCUAUUACAUAGCACUGACAUAUUUCAACAAAUAUUUGCAUUCCUUAAAAUAAUGAGUAUUUCAGUUUGUACAAUAACAAAACGUUAAGAGAAGGAAAACUACGGUAGCACAUACACUGUAAAAACUGAAUGGUAAUUGGUACAGCAGUCAACACAAGGGUUUGAAACACUAUGGCAUAAGUAAUCCUUGGUCUUGAGGUUCUUCAGUUCUAUUCAGUAAUGCUACAGAAAGUCUAAUUUGUCUAAGCUUUCAGAUUUUGCAUGAAAAUAAGAACAAUGUCAAACACAUCAGUAAGACACUUAACUGUGCACUACGAAUCUGAUUAAAGCGAAAAGUGUUUUUUGUACUAUGACUCACUGCAAGAACUCAGCUGUAUCAAAGAACCUCGAGACCAAGUAUUAACAUAGUUAAAUGCAACACCUUACAGGAUAUGACUUGGGUGCAACACUUACACUUUUACUCUUAAAUCAAAUGACUAGUGAAAUCCUUGUAAGAACUUUCUAGUGUGUAGUCGGAAAUCACCGAUACGUAGAUUUUAAAAUUCACUUAAUGCUGAAUACGAAGCAAGAGGAAGAGAUGGUAAAUUUUACUUUGUGGGUGUAAAAUUUUUUGGAAAAAAAAAAGAGCUGUUUCUAUUUUAAGUUCUUUAAAUCCCACCACUGCAAGCAGUAUGGGAAGAAAUAGGAUCUUAAAAGCAUAUUAUAGAUCUUCCUAGCAAUAUGAUACUGAAUUAAAGUCCUGUUGUGUGUUGAUAAAUAAAUGAGAUGAAACCCAGGGAUGGGGGAUGUAUCUGACAUAAGCAAUGAUAAGAUAAAGCUUACAGUGUGUAGGGUAUCAUUAUUAUACACCAAAGAAGCACAUUGUUUUCUUUUUGUAAUAAAGGACAGUAUUCAUCCGAAAAAUAUGGAAUAAAUUUCCACUUUCUUAUUUUCAAACAGGGCAUUAUCUUUAGGAAAUAUAAAGAAACCCAUUCAUUUAUAAAGUCUUUAAUAAUUAUAUAUAUAAAUAUAUAUAUGUAUAUAUUUAUAACAUGGUCAUUUCAUUUAUUUUUUACAUUACAUGUAUUAUUGGACUGACUAGUUUCAAUUCAGUGUUUCAUUAUGAACAAGCAGACUGUUAAAAUUUAUAAAUAUUAUGGGUAAAUUAUUCUAAUUUAUAAAUGAAUUCUUUUCCAAAUUUGCAAUUUAUCUUAACAUAACAUUAUUAUGAUCUCCAAACCACUUGUAGUCAUAUAUUCGAGAUUAAAAUGGCACACAAUUUUGUAGAACUUGUGCCAUAACUGAGGGGGAAAAAAUAAUCAUUUAACUUCAUGUAAAUUUUCAGGAUUAUACAUUCAGUGGUUUUGACACCAAUUUCAAGCUUUGACUGGACUGAAUAAAAUAUCUAAAUUUGGAUUCUUAAAAGAGACCAAACAGUUGAAAAGUUUUGUUUAUAAAAAAAAAGGGAAAUUAAAAAUGGAAGGUCAAAAACAACUAUAUAAGCAGAAAACUGUACAACAGAUAAAUAUAAUCUGUCCAACAACAACAUAUGAUAAUAACUGAUGUAUUCCUAAGUCUGAUAAAAACAUUUAUAAAUCUGGAAUUAGUGAGGUAAAAAGAGAACUGGAAAUGUGAAAAUAUGAGAGGAAAGUUGAAUACAGUGGAUACUCGAUUAUCCGACCCUCAUUUAUACGGAUUUGUGAUAUCUGGAUUGUCAACCAUGAGCAAAUAUCUCUGUACUGUCUAGUCUGUACACUAUCCACCUGCAGUGAGCACAGCAGACCAACAGCAGGAAAUGUAAGAAGACGAUAUAGAACAAAAUGUAGAGCUUUCGAAUGGUUCGAAUUACAGUGUGAUACUGUGAGUUCACUAUGAUUAAAACAAAUUCGUGAUGUAGCAGCAAUGAAGAGAAAAAACGGUUUGCUUCAAAUGAUAGUUGCCAAAUAUUUUUAAAGAAAUUAGAUACAGUGACUGUCUGAUGUGAUUUUGUUAGGUAUUUCAUGUUUAAGGUUACAGUAUUUUAGUAAUUUUAAGAAAAUAUGUA